AUGGCAAGUCCAAAAGAUUACAGCGCGUUUAGUACAGUUCAAAGAUAUAGAAUAUCGGCUAUAAUUGAAGAGUUUGCCGAUAAUCUAGUAAAAAUAAGUGGAAAGUGUAUAGACAUCGGUUGCGGUCCUGGAGAUACAACAAAGGAAUUUCUGUUACCGAGUAUAAAUUCCAAUGGAGAAAUAAUUGGUAUAGAUAUUUCGGAGAACAUGAUUAAAUAUGCAAAUGAUAAAUUUAAAGACGAAAAACGGCUUCAAUUCGACACAUUAAAUAUUGAAACUAAAAAUUUACCUAAGAAAUAUAUUUCACAAUUUAAUCAUAUAUUUUCGUUUCACACUUUACAAUGGUGCAACGAUAUCCGACAAGUCUUCGAAAAUAUUUAUCAAAUGCUGCAACCUGAUGGAACUAUACUUUUGAAUAUAGUAACAUUUAAUAAUGCAUAUGAAGUUCUCAGAAUUUUGGCGCGAAACACUCGUUUUGCAUCAUAUGUGCCUGAAACUAUGAAAAAUAUUUCGCCAUAUCAUGAGUCAAAAAAUCCUCUCAAAGAGUUGAAAGAAUUACUUAAAAGUAUCGGAUUUACAAUUCAUCAUUGCAGUCUUCGGGAAGGGAGCUAUGGCAAUAAAAAAUCAGAACAAUUUGUCAAUUCAAUAUUAUCCAUCUUGACAUUUCUUGAUAACAUGCCAAAUGUCCUGAGGAAUGACUUCAAGAAUAUAUUUCGACAUGAAUAUAUGAGAAGAUUGAUUAACUACAAAUCAAUACAUAAUAAUGAAGAACAUACAUUGGAUCUAUAUAAAGAAUUAAUAAUUUAUGCACAAAAGAUUAUAUAAUAAUUGCAUGAACAUAUAUAUCAUCGUAGAAAACAUCAAGAGUAGAAGAUAUAACA